UUGGGGCCCGCAGGGUCAGUGCCCCAUCUCCUGCCCCCCUUUUUCCCCCGGUGCAACCUUUAACCCUCCACCGCCAUGCACAAGGCUGCCUGCCCUCACUGCCUUCUCCAAAGAGUUGUCUGAGCCACAGAGUGGACAGCCGCUGAUUAUGGAGAACAGAGGCCCACUGGCCACCUCGCGUCUGCUGCUGCUGCUGCUGCUGCCGCUGCCGCUGCUGCUGCUGCAACUGCCUCACACCCACCAGGGACGGCCCCUGAGACAUACUCUCCCCAGCCAGAGGGCCCAGGACCCUCCUGCUGUGCACCUUGGCAAUGGCCUCCCACAAGAGCCUGUGGCUGUCAUGAACUUUGACCUCACUAAGAUCACCAAAACCUCCUCCUCCUUUGAGUUUCGAACCUGGGAUCCAGAGGGAGUGAUUUUUUAUGGAGAUACCAAUCCUAAGGAUGACUGGUUCAUGCUGGGACUUCGGGACGGCAGGCCUGAGAUCCAGAUGCACAAUCAGUGGUCCCGGUUUACAGUGAGUGCAGGACCUCGGCUGGAUGACGGGACAUGGCACCAGGUGGAAUUAAAGAUGGAUGGGGACUCAGUGCUGCUGGGGGUGGAUGGGAAGGAGGUGGUGCACCUGAGACAGGUCUCUGGGCCCCUCAACACCAGAGUCCAGCCCAUCCUGAGGAUUGCUGUGGGGGCGCUGCUCUUUCCCUCCUCCAACCUGCGCUUCCCGUUGGUUCCCGCCCUGGAUGGCUGUGUUCGUCGGGGCAGCUGGCUGGGCAAACAGAUCCAGACCUCAGCCCCUGCCUCCACUAGCCUCAGAAGCUGUGAUGUGGAGUCACAACCCGGGAUAUUCUUCCCUGCGGGGACUCAUGCAGAAUUCAGUCUCCAAGACGUUCCCCAGCCUCAUGCGGAGCCCUGGGCCUUCUCUCUGGACCUGGGACUCGAGCAAGUGGCCGGCUCAGGCCACCUCCUUGCCUUUGGGACACCAGAGAACCCUUCUUGGCUUGGCCUCCACCUCCAAGACCAAAAGGUGGUGCUGUCUCCUGGGUCCGGGCCAGGGCUGGAUCUGCCCCUGGUCUUGGGACUCCCUCUUCAGCUGACGCUGAGUGUGUCCAGGGUGGUCUUGAGCCAGGGGCUGAAGACAGAAGUCCUUGCUCUGCCUCCCUUGGGCCUUGGCCCCAUCCUCAACCUCUGGGCCCAGCCUCAAGGGCGACUCUUCCUGGGGGCUUUACCAGGAGAGAACUCUUCUGCCUCCUUUUGCUUGAAUGGCCUUUGGGCACAAGGCCAGAGGCUGGACAUGGACCAGGCCCUGAACAGAAGCCAGGACAUCUGGACUCACAGCUGUCCUCGGAGCCCAGGCAAUGGCACCGACACCUCCCAUUAAAGCCCUACCUAAGAACUCCUUUGAAAGU